UUGUAUUUGACAGCGGCAGGGACGGAAUAGCAAUACUGCGAUCGAAUACUUUUACCAAGCCCAAUAUAUGUCGAAAGAUGGAUUCAGUAGAACCAACAUCGAAAAUUCUUGCUGAGGGCAAUGCGGUGUUCACACUCAACACAUGUGAGCUGAGAAACAAGGAGUUUGUCCUUCACUAUUCGUCCAGACAUAACAGGUACACGCGAGGUGUCGGGGAUCACCCGGAUGUCAUCCACGGGUGGUCACGUGGAGCGUUCACAACGAAUAAUAUUAUCAGAUUGCAGGACAGUGACACGACAUACCUAGGACAAGCAGACACAAACGAAGCGGCGUUCAUUUCAUGGAAGUUAGAUUUCAAGCCUUUCGUCCUGGUUUCCAUAGCAAUCACAAACACCUCCAAUGAAGGCGAGGUACAGUGGCAGCUGUUGUCCACGAUGAAAGACGGCAGAACUGUGAGCGACCAAUUACGAGGUGCUGCUAGACCUCUUGAAAUGCACGUUGGUGCAUCCGAACUCAUAUUGACCGCAAUGCUACCACGACGGGGAAAGGACUAUGUACCAAAGAGUCCUUCAGGUAAAAUCUUCGUUGAGAAAACCAACUUCGAUCAUCCAUUCACUGUUGCCGUAAAACUGUUUGACGACACCGUCAGUCUACCAAGGGAGUUGCAGAUUGAAAGGGGAAGCAAGCACAACCACUUGAAUCACAGCGGAGAAGAUUCACUCAGUUCCACCGCCAUGUGUAUCUCAACUAUGCUGCACUCUCUCCAUAUUAAGCACCUGCCAAAGACGGUCAGUGUGAUUGGCCCACAAGGAAGUGGGAAAACAGCUCUAUUAAAUAUGACACAAGAUAUUAUGCACCAUCUCCAAGAGUAUCACGAAUCCAACGAACGUCACGGACUCACAUCACUGGAUAAAGUGGGGCUCAUUAUGUCAAUGUUGGUUUACGAGCAUGCCUUACCAACCAAAACCAGCAAAACUAGUAUUAUGGUGACAGGUAGCAACCUAAUACAAUGUCAUUAUGAUAGUUCCCAAUGCACUGACACCGAGAGUGUUGCGAUGGGGCUUGUCGGAGCGCUGCUCGAUGCCGUCAGAGAGUAUGCUGGGACUGCGUUAACAAGAACAUUUCGACUGAUGAAUGACAAAAAGGAAAUAUCAGAAAAGAUAUAUUCUCGUGAACAGCUUUUGCAAGAAUCUCAACUAUUAGUAAAUGAUACUCGACUUCGCUGGAAAGCUUGUUUGUAUAGUUUUCUUUUCGCGUUCAUCACAGCCUCUUCUGUCCUGACUUCUCUGGGUUUUGCUGUCCUGAAUUGGCCAGUUUAUUGGAGCGCUAUUAUGGCCACGAUUUUGUUGGUGAUGAUAAUAAUCACGAUAGUGAAGAUGCCGAUUAUCUUCAGAGAUUUGAGAAGUCUAUUCGUAAUUUUGAUGUUUUCACAGAGAGAAUGGCUAGUUAGAUUCUACAGAAAGUCACCCGAAGACAAGAGCGCACAUUUGUUUGCUAAGAUGAAGGAGGAGCUUGCAUUGGGUAUCAUGUUGAUUAACUGGAUUGCAUCAAGUAUAAAAAGAGAGAUACGAGUUUUGAUAACUGUUGAUAAUCUUGGUAACACAGGAUCGGACGGUGACCUUGCCACCACGUUACUUACCCUGCAUGAUCUGAUAGAAUGUAAGAGUAGCCCAUUCAUAAUGCUUUUAGGAGUGAACUCGUCCGUGUCUGUGACUGAUAGCAUGAUAUUGGGUUAUGCCCAAAACUCGAGAGACAGUAAUUGUGCCCGACUGUUCGAAAAAGCCAUGUCCUUAAAGACAAUCCUCAAAUCUUCGGUAUUUGUUCCGGAGCUUGAUAUAGCAUCGAAGCAACAAGUCAUUGAUGCUUCUACGCAUUCAAGAAUACCCCAGUCUUUGUUCAAAAAGAAAUUGAACAGGAAGAAGUAUUGUCAGUGCAUCUUGCCAAUGGUGAUGGCUAAGCCCACAUACAAAGAUUCCCUGCUGACAUAUCUUCAAGAUGAAAGCAUCCUUCACUAUCUCGGCAGUAGCAUGAACACUAUUACUCGCAUCGGCAACCUUCUGUGUUUUGUUGCAGAGUUAGUAAAACUAAACGGAGGUCCCAUAUUCAGACCCCACGUUGUAGUCGCCUGGACAGCAUUUCUCGAUCUCUGGCCCUAUCGCAGUCAUCACAUCAUUUGGUUGAUCGAACAUACCCGCCUCAGGCAACAAAUGAAACUACCAGUGAGCAUGGAGAUCCAGGUCGAGACUAGAUUUAAGGAUGUCUUUCCUCGAGUUCGUCGCAAAAUGAUGGCCAUCAAUGGAUGGGAAAACAUGAUGAGUUUUGAUGCCAAUUCGCAGUUGUUUCUGAGGUUUAUAGGUCAGGAAAUGAAGAACUUUGAUGUCGAAGACUACUACAAUAUUUUACCAAUUACAGUGAAUCUAAAUCGCUCGCUGUUACAAGCGAUAUCGAAUGAGCAAACUGCUCGUAGCAUGAUAUCGCAGAGAAACAAGGAACUUGCACUUAAUUCUGUUGAAAUAUCGACCUUACCGACAGUUCGAAUUUAA